ACUAGAAUAAAAUUAAUAAGGAAAAAAAAAACUAAGGAAUUUUAUUACAAAAAAAUAUUUUGUACAACGAACUAUAACGAAAUAUAACGAAGAACAUUAUUUUAAAAAAAAAAAUCCAUUCAAACAUAGUAUGAAUAAGCAUUUGGAAAACAUAUAUGAUACCAAUGAUACCAAUAGAAUUAAAUGUCAUACAAUAAAAUUAUAUAAGUAAUUAUAAAAAUUCAUUUAUUAACUAUAUAGAAUUGUAUGUGCAUUGCAACUAGUCAAGAAAACAAAGAAAAAGUAAAUCUCAAAAAAAAAAAAACAUAAAUAAAAAAUUUAUUGAUCAAAUAAGCAGACGGAAUCAAGAAAGAAAGAAUCGAAAAAAAAAGAAAUAAAAUCAGAAAUUUUUUAAAUUAAAUGUCGAUUUCAUCUUGAUUUUUAUCUUCAACUUUUCGAUUCGAAUACAAUUUCUGAUCGAACUGAAAAAGAAGAAGAAAGAAGAAUAAACAAAAUUCAAGGACAAAAAAUAAAAAAAGGAAACGCAAUUUUUGUUUUUUGCUGCUUAUUUUUUUUACUUUUGUUUUUAUUAUAAAUUUCUUUGUUUAAGAAAAAUUUCUUAUAUAUACAAAAAUUUGUAAUCGAAAAUUUCAUAUUAAACAUCGAAUUUUUAUUGAUUUAUUCGAUUCAAUCGAGUUUAUUACUACCAUUAAUAAUAACUACUGUUAUAACAAUUAUUGUUAUGCCAACAUCAUAGCUGAUUACAAAAAAACAAAGAAAAAGCAACAAAAAAAUUAAAAAUAUUUGAGAAAAUUAAAACAAAAAAAAACUGUUAUACAACAAAUAUCAACAACAGCAUUACAACAAAAAUCAUCUAUUUCUUCAUCAACAUCCAAAAAUUAUCUACAAUAAAAUAUUUAUUAAGAUAAUCAUUAUCAAGAUACAAAAAACAAUACAACAUAAACCAAAACAAAAAAAAAACAUUUAAGAAUGUUUCCUGAAGAAUUAACAGAUGUACGUAUUUCAUUACCAUCAUCACCAAUAACAACAACAAUAGCAACAACACAAACAGCAACAUCAAUAUCAUCAAAUUCAAUUACAAUUCCAAUUCAAUCACAAUCAUUUAUUACACAAACAAAAUCUAUUAAUGAAAAUCAACAACAACAACAAGAACAUGACGAACAACAGCAACCAGAGCAACAACAUAAUGAACAACACAACAAUAAAAAAUCAAAUGAAAAUGAAAAAAUUUUAGCACAAAAUAUUGAUGAUAAUGAAAAAAAAUUAAUAAAAAAUCAAAAUGAAAGAAUAGAAAAAACAGGAUCGGCACAAGCCAAUAUUAUUGAUGUUGUCAUUGACAUUCCAACAUUAUCAUCAUUAUCAUCUGAAGUAAUAACAAAAACAAUAAAAAUAGAAAAUGAUAUUAAAUUAAAAGGUGAAUCAAAUCAAAUUAAAAAAAAAUCAUUAUUAUCAUUAUCAUCAAUAAUACCAACAUUUUUAAAAUCAUCUCCAUCAUCUGUAUCAUCUGAAUCAUUAUCAUCAUCACAAGCUACAUCUGUAUCAUCUUCAUCAAUAUUAACAUUAAAAUCAUCAUAUUUACCAUGUUCAUUAUUUACAAGAAAAUUAAUUAUACCAUUAAAAAAUGAAUUAAUAUCAGUGAUUACAGGAGCAUCAAUACAAUUACCAUCAUCAAUAUCAUCAUCAACAUCAUCAAUAUUACCAUCAAAAUUAAUAGAAUUACCAUCAUCAUCAUCAUCAUCAUCAUCAACAACAAUAUCAUUGCCAACAUCAUCUACAUCAGGAAUAAAAUCAGAAAUAAUAACAAUUGAUCGAAUAAUUGAUUGUAAAGAAAUUUAUAACGAUAAAAAACAACAACAACAAGAACAACAGCAACAAAUCAAAAAAUAUAAUGCAAUAGAUCAUCAUUAUAAAUUCAUCCCACCACCUUUAUUUGUGAUACUUGUUUCAAUAAUCGAGAUAGCAGUAUUUUUAUAUGAAUCAUGGGCAAUGAAAUAUCAAGAUGAUUAUAAUAGUAGUAAUGAUGGUAUACCAGUACCAAGUGAUUCUGUAUUAGUAUAUCGUCCAGAUAGAAGACAAGAAGUAUGGCGUUUUUUUUCAUAUAUGGUAUUACAUGCUAAUUGGUUUCAUUUAAGUUUUAAUGUUAUUGUACAAUUAAUAAUUGGUAUACCAUUAGAAUUAAUACAUGGUUCAAUACGAAUAUGUUGUAUAUAUUUGGCUGGUGUAUUUGCUGGUUCACUUGGUACAAGUGUUGUUGAUUCAAAAGUAUAUUUAGUUGGUGCUAGUGGUGGUGUUUAUGCGUUAUUAGGUUCACAUUUAGCAAAUAUAUUAUUAAAUUAUAAAAAUAUUAAAUAUGUAACAAUAAAAUUAAUAUCAAUAUUUAUAUUUGGUAUAUGUGAUAUUGGUUUUGCAAUAUAUACACGUUAUUUUCAAAAAGUUGAUGUUAUUAUUAAUGUACAUAUUGGUAAUGAUGAAAGAACAAGUACAAUAAGUGUUAUUAAUCCAUCACCACCAAUAUCAUAUAUUGCACAUUUAUCUGGUAUAUUAGCUGGUUUAACAAUUGGUUUAUUAAUAUUAAAAAAUUUUCAUAAUAAUAAUAUUAAUGAUUUAUUAAUUAAUAAUAAUAAUAAUAAUAGAGAAAAUGAUAAUAUUAAUAAUAAAAAUUUUUAUAAAUAUUAUAAAAUUUUAUUAUGGUGGACAGCAUUAUUUAUUUAUAUGGCAUUUAUAAUAUUUACAAUAACAUUUAAUAUUAUGAAUACAAUGACACCACAAAUAUUAGAAGAGAAAGGACAAGUAAUAAAACAAUAUUUGUUUCAUGAUUUGGGUAGUUCCUAAAAUAUAAGAGAGAAAAAAAAUUUAAAUUUCAGUAUUUACUUUUUUCUUUAUUAAUAAAAUAAUUAAUUUUUUUUUUAAUUUAAUUUAAUUUAAAUAGUAAAAUUAUCCACAAAUAAUUUAAAUAUUUAUUUUUGUUUUCCUUAUUUUUUUUUUAAUAAUUUAUUUAAAUUAUUUUGAAAUAUUUAAUAUUUAUAAUUAUGAAAUUCACAUACUCGUAUGUAUGCAAAACAGAAAAGAAAUAUGAAAAGUGAAUAAGUUGUAAGAAUAUUAAAAGCCGAAAAUUUUUAUAGAAACGUUCCCAAAUUUGUGAACCAAAUUGUUGUGAUAUUACCAAAGACUGAUUGAUUGAUGAUUGUUUAUUGAAAAAACUAAAUUGGAAUGAAUUGGUUUUUUUUUUGUUUUUGCUUAAUAAAUUAAAAAUAUUUAUUAUUUUAAAUUUUAUAAUUUUUAAAAUUUCAAAUCAGAUUUUUCAAUAUUUAGAAAAUAAAUAUUUAAUAAAAAAUUAUGUAAUAAAAUUAAAUUUGUAAUUUAAUUUAAUUUGUAUAUAGUAUCUUUUGUUUACCAGAAAAAAAAGUCAAAAUUUAAAAUGACAAAAUGUUGACAUUGAUUUUGCAAAUAACAUAAAAAAUUAACAAUGGCACACAUAAUUCAAGUUGCAAACCAAAAAUUUUUGAUUAUGUCAUAUUAUGUUUUGCAAUAUCUUUAACUAACAAAUUAUUUGACAAUUUUAUUCAUUCAAGUCAUCCCAUUUAUUGUCAAAAACAAAUUAUAUGUGAAUAAUUGAUGACGUCUAAUAAAAAUUCAAAAAUUAUGAUCAGAAAUUGCAAAUUGUAUAAGCGCAAAUGCAUUAUUUUUUUUACAAAGCAACAACACUGUUUUAUAGGCAUUGCUUCAAUUAUUUGUGCACUUCAAUUAUUUGUGCAAAGUAUUCAAUAGCGUUUGCAAAAUGAAUGUCACAAAUAUAUAUAAUUCAUUUAUAUAACAAUAUUAUUGUAUAUGAAUUGCAAAAAAAAAAUCUGUAAUAUAUAAUAAUUGUAUAAUAUUGUGUCACAAUAUUUUAAAUUAUUCAAAAAUAAUUCAAAAAAUUUAAAAUCAAAAAAUUUAAUUUUAAAAAUUAAUUUAAAUUUUGUAUUUUAGUAAAUAAAAUAAAUAAUGUAUUCUUUUUUUUUGUGUAUAUAAUGCAAUAAAAUACCAAAAAUUUAUAUAAUUAUUUUUUUUUUCCAAAUACUGAAAAAAUAAUAUAAAAUAAUAGUCCGCUGAGAAUUAUUUUAUUCCAUACUCGUAUACGUCAUUUAUACGUCAGUUGUUGGCAUUUUGACAUUUAACAUAAAUGCUAUCAAAACCGAAUUACAGCCGGACAUAGAAUAAUAUGAAAUUCCAUAUAUUUCGGAAACGGUCACAAAUACGAAAAACUGGAUUAUAGAUUUGAAAAGGGCAUAUUGAAGAGUUAACCAUUUUAAAAAUGUGACAAGGACUAAAAUAAUUCUAAAAAAAAUUAUUGAAUAAUUACAAUUGAUAAAUAUUAAAAUUUUCCUUUAGAAGACUAUUAUUAAGGAAUUUCAAAAAUAUAACAAUUUUUAUUUGGUGUAUGCCAGUUUAAACCAAAGAAAAUAUUUUAUGCAAUCGAAAAAAAAAACAAAA